CGCACAUGCGUACUGAUACAAUACAUUUGUUGUUUCUCUAGAUCCAGGGACCCCGGUAGCAGACUGGAGGUUUUUGUAACCGUUAUCACAGAAAAGUGGGAGGGAAAGUGUCAUAAGCCACACCCUUUUAUGUGUGCUUUAUGAUAUUUCAGUAUGGACCAGAGUGACACAGACUGGGGAGGAUGGAAUACAAGAGAUUCCAUGGAAGGAGAUUCUGUCUCCAGAAUGGAGGAUUCUAACCUCAGCAUGGGGGACACAAAGGCUGAUUCGGUGUAUGGUGGCAGCAAUAUUGGGAAUGAUGAUGACUACAGUAAUAUGUAUGAUGAGUAUAAUGAUUUUCAUGAGGGAUCAGAUACUGAGGAUGAUGACGAUGAAAAUGAGCGUCCAUACACGUCCACUCCACAAUCCAUGCCCUUUAAAUUCAUAAAUGGAAAAGAUGGAAUGGCAACCUGUGAGAAGUGUGGUGCAGUGGGAAUCAAGCAUGCCUUCUACUCCAAGUCUAAGCGCUUCUGUAGCUUAUCUUGCUCCAGGAGUUUUGCCACUUCUCAACGAGAGGGAAAACAGAGCCCAACAGGAAAGGGCGAUGGAGUCAUCUCUCCUUUGCCUCCAAAGAAACCAGCAGCCAAAAAAAUAGCCAACCAAAGCCAUAAUCAAAGACCCACGGACAAUGUUCCUAGAACUCUGACCAAAAGAGCAGGUGGAUUGAAGGGCUUUGACUGGGGACCUUACCUUUCUUCUGGAGGGGCAGAAGCAGCACCUGUCAGCUACUUUAAGCAUUGUCCAAUGUUUGAUAGCUGGCACAACAUCACCACAGGGAUGAAAUUGGAGGUUGUUAACUUUGAAAGUGAUCUCUCUGGCAAUGCCUUCUGGAUUGCCACCGUCAUUAAAAUAGCAGGGUACAAGGCCUUGAUGCGUUAUGAGGGCUAUGCCAAUGAUCCAUCGCAUGAUUUCUGGAUCAACCUAUGUACAGAAGAAGUACACCCUGUUGGCUGGUGUGCUACAAGUGGGAAACCCCUUGUUCCUCCAAAGUAUAUACAGAACAAGUAUGUGGAUUGGAAAGAAUACUUGGUGAAGAGGCUAACAGGCUCUAGAACGCUUCCUAAUAAUUUCUACAACAAGGUGGUGGAAUCUAUAAAUAGUCAUGGAUUUAAGCACCACAUGCAGGUGGAAGUGGUGGACAAAAUGUGUGUGUCAGCGAUGCGCGUCGCUAAAGUAGAGGAGAUCAUAGGUGGGAGAUUAAGACUACAGUAUGCUGACACAAAGGAGGAGGAUGACUUUUGGUGUCAUUGUAGAUCUUCCCUGGUUCACCCUAUUGGUUGGUCCCAGCAGAUGGGACACAAACUGCAUGCUACAAAUGACUACAGAAAUAAGUGCUUAAAUAAAAUUGCUGUUGAGAAAUAUGAUGCCAAUGAUGCUACUCCAAGCUUGUUUUCCAAAAUGAAAGAUACUCCAAAUGGAAUGAAAUUUCAGGUUGGAACAAAGUUGGAAGCAAUUGACCCAUUGAACCUCUCUGCCAUUUGUGUUGCUACUGUAAUGAAGGUGCUAAAGAAUAACUACCUGAUGAUCGGUAUAGAUGGAUCCAUGGCAGAGAAUGGAUCUGAUUGGUUCUGUUAUCAUGCCACAUCACCAUGUAUAUUUCCUGUGGGAUUCUGUGAAAUUAACGGCUUAGAUCUUACUCCACCCAGAGGUCAUAAAGGUCCUUUCAGAUGGUUUGACUACCUUAAACAGACAAAGUCUGUUGCAGCACCUGUGAAACUGUUUGAUAAGGACAUACCAAAGCAUGGAUUUAAGGCUGGAAUGAAGAUUGAAGCUGUAGAUUUAAUGGAGCCAAGACUUAUCUGUGUGGGAACGGUGUCACGAGUGGUUGGACGCUUGCUGAGGGUCCACUUCGAUGGUUGGGAAAAUGAGUAUGACCAGUGGGUAGACUGUGAAUCACCCGAUAUGUACCCAGUGGGCUGGUGUGAGGUUAUGGACUACAGUUUGGAGGGACCAAGGGUCAAAGUGGAACAAAUACCCCAAGUAAUGUCUACACACAAAAUGUCGAAGGAACAGAAAAAACGCAAAGGCAAAACCCAAAUCUACAAAGGCCCAAGAAAGAGUAAGAAAACCGAGAGGAAGACAAAGUUUGGAUCCCCGUUAUCUGAUCAGAAUCAGAGGUCUCUGCAGGAGAACAAUAGAGACCAGGGAUUUCUCUCCUACGGCAGCCGCACACGCCCCGCCCACCACAGUAUCCCCCACCUAGUCGACCCUGUCGUGUCUUCAGGCACUAAAGGACCCUCAGAGAUGGAAACCUCUGACACAAGUACAAAUGAUGGACCACCACAAUUAAGUCCUCAUUCCAUCACAGAAAACCAGUCAAAACCCUUAUCACAAACUGCAGUUCAUUCAGAUAACCAGUCAAAACCAUUGUCUCAACCAUUUGUAAAACAGGAACCAAUGGAUACAUCAGAUAAUCAAUCCAAUACCAGCAUUUCAAUGUCACCAAAUGGGAAAACAGCCCUGUCUAAUCUCCUAUUGUCCAAAACUACCAAUCAUGUCAAAACGGUCACUCCCUCAACUUCCCAGGGUAAUGAACAAAUGUCAUUACUUGCUGCACGUCAGUCAACCGUGUCGCCUGACCAGUGGUCCGUAUCAGAUGUCUGUUAUUUCCUCAAGUCACAUGACUGUGCUUUCUACUGUGAAAGCUUUGUUAAAAUGGGGAUAGAUGGGCAGAAGUUGUUAUCCCUUACCAAGGAGCAGAUUGCCAGCAUCACAGGAAUGAAAGUAGGUGCUUCCCUGAAGAUCUCAGAACUUGUUCAGCAGCUCAAAUCCAGAUGCAGCAAAGUGUGAAGUUGGAGGAACUCAGCAACUCCUUUGCAUCAAAGUGUGUCCAGUGCAAGGCAGCUUAAUCAUACAGAUUCCACAGAUAUCUGAUUCAUACUGCUUUAAUCUAACCAGCUGACGAAACUAGUGCAAUUCACUGUCAAAUUGCCACUAUUGCUACUCAAUACAAUGAAUACUAGUUGUAAUACAAUGUAUUGUGAUAGUGGACUGCAUAUGUUGAUUAUUGAUGCAUAUUUUCUUUCCUUUACAGACAUUUGAAAAUCGUUGUUUUAAGAAUAUUGACACUGUUUAUGUAAUCAGAGUUUCUCAAAUUGCAUUUUCAUGUUGUGUAUAAUUGUUAUUGUAAAUGAAAAGAUCCUAUAUUUUAGUAUGCCUUUUGGUAAGUGUUAUUUUGAUGUAAAGAUUAAGGUAUAAAAUUGAUCUGAGACAUGGGCAUUGAUUUUAGAACGGGGUACAGAUAAUAUACAUUGUACAUUAAUUCCCUGUAUACUGAGCAUUAUUGUAGCAUGGUGUCAAUAAGCACUGCCAUAAAAUAAAUUUAUCAAUGAAUUGUUUUGGCACUUUGCAAUAAAAACACAAUGUAAUAGUUUGCAAAAACACAGUGUAACAAGGAAUGAUUGGGUAUAAAUAAUAUUUUUUAAUUCAACUGUAAUUUUGCCAAAUAAUGUUACUAAGAGAUAAAUUUAAAUAAGUGAUUAAGAAUGUAUUAAAAGUAAGGCUGCUGUCUGUAAAGUUACAGUAAGUAUUAGAUAAGGUGUUAUCUUGUACAGAACCAGUUACAAUAUCUAUACACAUUUGAAUAUUAAGUUAGAUUUUAUUUACUUGUUUAUUUCAUUUAUUAAAAACUCAAGUGUU